AAAAAGUUUGGGGGUUGCGUUCUCUUCUUCUUCACAUUUGUCUGUGUUGAAUCAAAAUUGAAAGAGAAAAAUAAAAAAAAUGCCUAAUCGUUCACAAAUUUCCCUAUACAAAUUCCUUCUGGGACACCCUUUUCAAUCGUUUUCAAAACCCACAUCGCCAUUUCUCAUUAACUCGCUUUCGCCGAUUCCUACACAACUCCUUUUCAACUCAGCCCCAUGUCCAAAACCCACUUUUUUCCUCUCAAAACCCAACCUUUUUCAAUACCCCCUGUUCCAAACUACACAAACUCAACACCCAGUUUACCAAAACCUGAGGAAGUACAGUAGUGAGUCAACAUCCGAGUUGGAUGUGAACAAAGAGGUUGACUCGAUUAACCUCAAGUUUGCAGAGGCAAGAGAGGAGAUAGAGAUGGCAAUGGAGUCUAAAGAGACUGUUUAUUUCAACGAAGAAGCAGAAUGUGCUCGUCGUGCUGUUAAAGAGGUUUUGGACAUGUUUGAAGGGCUUUUGUGGAAGCUACCGGAUUCCGAAAAGGCGGCUUUGCAGCGUUCAAUGGGACUCAAGAUUGAGCAGUUGAAGGCUGAGCUUCAACAGUUGGAUGAUUGAUGAUGUUGGUUCAAAUGGGUUUUCCUCAAUUUUUUUGGGCUUUGCUUUGCUUCAUUUGUCAUACUUGAUAGAGGUGAGGGAUUAGUGAAUUUAGUGGUGACAUUUGAUUGGGUUGAAAAAGAUAUGAUUUUGAAUAACGGGUUAGUAUGUUUUACGUUCUAUGAUUAUGAUAUUGAUGGUGAUGAUAAAGGAAGCUGUGUACUAUUUAGGGGAACAAUUUAGAAUUGUUGUAAACUUGUAUCAUCUAUAAAUAGAUGAUAAUAGUAUCCUUAUUCUUUAUCUGAUAUUUUUAUUGUUAUUGAUGGCUUCUUUGGCAGUAGUGCUCAAAAUAGGCCAGUUGUUGAUUUUGAAAAUCCAUGAGGAGUUUGGCAAAAAUAGUGUGUU